GAGAUCAUUCAGCAGUUCUUGCUCGAAUCUCCCAUGCUCACGACUGCCGUGCGAUACAGUUUGAUCCGACGGGAACCCGGGUGAUGUUCGAUAUCCCACAAUGAGUGCAUACCUCAUACCCAGACCUUCCUUGCACCGGGCUUCGUCUGCCCUUCUCUUGCGCCCUGGAUUUCCCCGCACGAGCGAGUUGACGCGAUGCUAUGCGACUCACAGCGAUCUCGGGGGAGGCUCAGGGCCAAAGUCGACCCCAAAGCGGAGGAACGUGACCGUGCUGUCCGAUGAUGGGCGGUAUGAAUGGGGAGAACUGACGGGACGGGAAAAGGUUGCGCGCGCUACCCAGCAGUCGUUCAACUUGGUGAUUAUAUUGGCCGGGGCGGCUUUGACGGGGGGUGUAUGUUACUUGCUUUACUCAGAGGUUUUCUCCCCGAAUAGCCGGACAUGGCAGUACGAGAAGGCAGUUGAGCGCAUCUUAGACGACAGUCGUUGUACGGACAUUCUGGGAGACCGAAGGGAAAUCAAAGCAUAUGGAGAAAGCACUUCGAAUAAAUGGGCGCGGAAUCGUCCUAUUGCAACUACCAUGGAAAAGGAUCGUUUAGGGCGUGACCAUAUGAGGAUGAACUUCCAUGUUGAGGGACCACGCAACAAAGGAGUUGUACACGUCCAUAUGAUUAAGCCACUUGACAAGAAUGAGUGGGAAUAUCAGCUUCUCGCAUUGGAUGUUAAGGGUCACUCUCGGGUCAUCCUUGAGCAAGCUCGCGAGAAGCCUGGAGUCGGGCAAGCCUUGAAAAUCUUUGGCAUACAGUGGCGAUAGACCACGUCCUUGUCCAAAUACAAUCUUUGUGCUCUGUCAGGCUGCCUUCGACAUGAAUUCGGCCGCGGACUCCCUCUUUCUACACAGGCUGGCCGUACCAGAAGUGAGAGCUAGGUGUUUCCAUCUGCAGCCGAUGUAAACCAAUCGGCAUGAUCAUCGCUGUUGUUUAGUUCUCCGAUGGACUUAAAGCUUGAAGCGGUAGGUAGCUUCAAGCUUGUGACAGACGAAAGUCAUUAUUCUUGGGUGGCCUGCGUCUGCGUAAGGCUUCUUUGUGCCACAACGCCACAGUUACACACCCGUGUUGUACUAUAUCAAACCCAUACUUGGGCAUGUAUUCAUAAAGCAUUUUGCAGCGUAUUAAGUGAACGAAAUAAUAGCAGCAAUUUUCACGGGAAAUCAAACAAU